CGUACUCGGAGGACAUGUCCACGCUGUCCAGUGGGGGCGCUGGCUGCGCCGGUGGCGCCGCGAAGGCGUCCUCGUCCGCGGGAGACCUGCUACUGGGCCUGGGUCCGACGCACUUUAAGGGCAUCUCACGCAGGGUCCAGUCCAGCACGGCCGUGGCGGUCAAGACGCAGGACGCCGGACACGCCAGGGCUUCUGGAGACUUCUGCUGCCCCGCGGCUUCCGGCGGCGUGUUCCUACCUGAAGGUCGCGCCCUGAGCGCCGCUUCGUCCGAGGAGACCUGGUCGACGACGGGAAAGAAAGGCGGCCACCAUUUCGCUUCCAGUCAGAGGUCCAUCGACGGUUUCUUCAAGCGCCUCGUCCGGAAAAAGUGACGACUGCCUCAGCGG